GAUGCUUGGUGGUGGCAGCGUCAUCGCUGGGGCUACAACCGCUAUGGGUACAACCGCUACAACUCGUACGGCAAGUACAGCUCCUACGGUGGCGGAGGAAAGAAGCCCAACAUCCUAGUCAUCAUCGUCGACGAUCUCGGCUUCAAUCAGGUUGGAUUCCGUGCCAAUCCAAACAACUCGGAUGUCGUCACCCCCCACAUCGAUCAGCUGGCAGGUGAAGGCAUCGUCAUGGAUCGAUUUUAUGCGACUCCUUGGUGUGCCCCAAGCCGCGGAGCCUUGCAGACAGGCCGUUUGGAUGCCUUGAAUCCAUAUUUGCCGAACAAUGUCUGGAAUUGGGAUCCCAACACCAGCUACGUGGACCUGGACGGAAACACGAUCCCGACGUCCUUCGUCGGAGGCGUCCAGCCAGGGACUUUCACGAUCGCGAACCGGCUGCAGGAGCUGGGAUACCGAAAUCACCUGAAUGGCAAGUGGGGCAUCGGAGGCGGUGCUUAUCUCAACACGCCCAUGGGCAUGGGCUACGAGACAUUCAUGGGCUGGUUCGGUGACAGCAUGGAAAGCUGCGACGGCACCGAGCCGGGAUUCGCAGUGGGAGGAGCUUCGCCCCUGAUGAAUGCUCUGCCGGGCUUCUGGCGACAGGAUGGUAUGGAGACCUACAAUUCCUCCUGGUGCGAGCUGGUACUCGCGGAGCUGCGUCUGGGAAAGCUCGACGAGCUCGAGGCGAUGGUUGGCUGCAAGAGUUACAAAGAGGCACUCGACGAUGUGGCGGAUGAGAAAAUCCGGCGGCGGUCGCGGCAGAUCAUUGCGGAGCACGACUACGGGGAG